UGAAUUAUGGGAACGGGCACUGAUUUUCCGAAAACACCAACGUUGAAUAUGUUCAUUUUGAUGGUCAAAAAAAUCCACUGAAAUCAUCUAAACAGAUCAAAUUCCCUGGAAAACAUCCAGUGUGAAAGAUGUUUCUCUACAACCUGACCCUUCAAAGGGCUACAGGUAUUACCAGUGCUAUUCAUGGAAACUUUUCCGGCUCAAAACAUCAAGAAAUUGUUGUGUCCCGCGGAAAGAUAUUGGAAUUGCUUCGCCAUGAUCCAAAUACUGGAAAAAUCUAUCCAGUACUGUCAGUGGAAGUCUUUGGAAUCAUUCGGGCUCUUAUGCCAUUUAAAUUGACUGGAGGAUCUAAAGAUUAUAUUGUUGUUGGUUCUGAUUCUGGGAGAAUUGUCAUCUUGGAGUAUAUGCCCUCGAAGAAUAUUUUUGAAAAGGUUCACCAGGAAACAUUUGGUAAGAGUGGCUGUCGAAGAAUUGUGCCUGGACAGUUUCUGGCAGUUGACCCGAAAGGAAGAGCUGUAAUGAUUGGUGCUGUUGAAAAACAAAAGUUGGUCUAUAUAUUAAAUAGAGAUGCUCAGGCUAGAUUAACUAUAUCAUCACCAUUAGAGGCACAUAAAUCUAAUACAUUAGUCUAUAAUAUUGUUGGUGUUGAUAUUGGAUUUGAAAAUCCUACGUUUGCCUGUCUUGAAAUAGACUAUGAGGAUGCUGAUCAAGAUCCUACAGGUGAAGCUGCAGCUAAAAGUCAACAACUUUUAACUUAUUAUGAAUUAGAUCUAGGGCUAAAUCAUGUGGUCAGAAAAUACUCAGAACAGUUGGAAGAACAUGCUAACUUUUUAAUAUCAGUACCGGGUGGUAAUGAAGGACCUAGUGGUGUAUUAAUUUGUUCAGAGAAUUAUAUAACUUAUAAAAAUCUGGGAGAUCAACCCGAUAUUAGAUGUCCUAUACCCAGACGAAGGUAUGAUUUAGAUGACCCAGAAAGAGGAAUGAUAUUUGUAUGUAGUGCUACACAUAAAACUAAGUCAAUGUUUUUCUUCUUGGCUCAAACAGAACAAGGAGAUAUAUUUAAAAUAACUUUAGAAACAGAUGAAGAUAUAGUGACAGAAAUUAGAUUAAAGUAUUUUGAUACUGUCCCUGUUUCGGCUAGUAUGUGUGUUCUCAAGUCUGGCUUUCUAUUUGUUGCUUCAGAAUUUGGCAACCAUUACCUAUACCAGAUUGCACAUCUAGGUGAUGAUGAUGGAGAACCAACAUUUAGUAGUGCUAUGCCUUUGGAGGAGGGGGAUACCUUUCUCUUCUCUCCCCGUCCCUUAAAAAAUCUUGUAGUAGUUGAUGAAAUGGAUAGUUUAUCUCCUAUUAUGAGUUGUCAGAUAGCCGAUUUAGCUAACGAAGAUACACCUCAGUUGUAUACAUUAUGUGGACGUGGUCCAAGAUCAUCUCUUCGAGUAUUACGUCAUGGAUUAGAGGUAUCUGAGAUGGCUGUAUCUGAAUUGCCUGGUAAUCCUAAUGCUGUAUGGACAGUCAAACGCAGAAUUGAUGAGGACUAUGAUGCCUACAUUAUUGUAUCUUUUGUGAAUGCUACCUUAGUAUUGUCUAUUGGUGAGACUGUAGAGGAAGUGACAGAUUCUGGUUUUCUGGGUACAACGCCUACAAUAUCGUGUUCACAACUUGGAGAUGAUGCCUUAGUUCAGAUUUAUCCAGAAGGUAUUCGUCAUAUCCGAUCGGAUAAGAGGGUAAACGAAUGGAAAACACCAGGUAAAAAAGCCAUUGUUAAAUGUGCCGUCAAUCAAAGACAAGUAGUGAUCGCCUUAACAGGUGGAGAAUUGGUCUAUUUUGAAAUGGAUCCGACUGGUCAACUAAAUGAAUAUACAGAGAGAAAAGAAAUGUCUGCAGAUGUUGUUUGUAUGGGUAUCGGUCGUGUACCUCAAGGUGAACAAAGAUCACGAUUUUUAGCUGUUGGAUUGGCUGAUAAUACUGUUAGAAUAGUCUCCCUUGACCCUAAUGAUUGUUUGUCUCCACUGAGUAUGCAGGCAUUACCAGCUCAACCUGAAUCACUAUGUAUUAUAGAGAUGGGUGGUACAGAAGCUAAAGAAGAUACAAAUGAACCAGGGACAUCUGGUGGUCUUUAUCUAAAUAUAGGUUUACAGAAUGGUGUAUUACUGAGAACAGUAUUAGAUAUGGUAACUGGUGAUUUAUCUGAUACACGUACAAGAUAUUUAGGUUCAAGACCUGUUAAAUUGUUCAGAAUAUCGAUGCAAGGAUCAGAAGCUGUGUUGGCUAUGUCCAGUAGAACAUGGUUGAGUUAUACAUACCAAAGUAGAUUUCAUUUAACACCCUUAUCUUAUGAAUCUUUAGAAUAUGCUUCUGGUUUUGCAUCUGAACAAUGUCCUGAGGGUAUUGUAGCCAUUUCAACUAACACUUUACGUAUUUUGGCAUUAGAGAAAUUAGGAGCUGUGUUUAAUCAAGUUUCUUGGCCACUGCAAUAUACACCAAGAAAAUUUGUUAUUCAUGAAUCAAACAAUUUAUUUAUUAUUGAAACUGAUCACAAUACUUAUACUGAAGAAACAAAAACACAAAGAAAACAACAAAUGGCCGAGGAAAUGAUUGAAGCGGCUCAAGAAGAGGAACAGGAGUUAGCAGCAGAAAUGGCAGCAGCAUUUUUAAAUGAAGAAAGGCCAGAAUCUGUAUUUGGUUCACCUAAAGCUGGUAUGGGACUGUGGGCGUCUGUCAUUAGAGCUAUAAAUCCAUUAACCGGUGAAACUCUGGAAAAAAUAAACUUGGAACAAAAUGAAGCUGCUCACAGUAUAGCGCUAGUGAAAUUUGCCAAUAGAAGUGAUGAUACUAUAUUAUUGGUUGGUGUAGCUAGAGAUCUUGUGUUAAGUCCCCGUUCUUUAAGUGGUGGAUAUAUCUAUGCCUACAUAGUAAAAGAAAAUGGUACAAAAUUAUCAUUCUUACAUAAAACAUCUGUUGAUGAAGUUCCUGGUGCAAUCACUCCCUUUCAAGGAAGAGUUUUAAUAGGAGUAGGCAAAUAUCUACGUAUCUAUGAUCUUGGAAAAAAGAAAAUGCUGAGAAAAUGUGAAAAUAAGAGUGUACCUAACUUUAUAGUAAAUAUCCAUACUAUGGGUAAUCGUGUGUUAGUAUCUGAUAUACAAGAAAGUUUUCAUUUCUUACGAUAUAAAAGACAAGAGAAUCAGUUGAUUAUAUUUGCUGAUGAUACAAAUCCACGUUGGAUAACCUGUUCAUGUCUAUUAGAUUAUAAUACUAUGGCUGGAGCAGAUAAAUUUGGCAAUGUUACUUUGGUACGUCUACCAAUUAGUGUGUCCGAUGAUGUAGAUGAAGAUCCUACUGGUAAUAAGGCAUUAUGGGAUAGAGGUGUAUUAAAUGGUGCUACACAAAAGGCCGAUAUUGUAUCCAAUUUUUAUGUAGGAGAAGUGAUAACAUCCUUACAGAAGGCUACUUUAAUACCUGGUGGAUCUGAGUCUCUAGUUUAUACCACACUUUCUGGUGCUAUAGGCAUGUUAGUACCAUUUACAUCACAUGAAGAUCACGACUUUCUGCAACAUUUAGAGAUGUAUAUGAGAACAGAACACCCACCUUUAUGUGGAAGAGAUCAUUUAGCUUACAGAUCAUAUCAUUAUCCAUUAAAGAGUGUUAUAGAUGGUGAUUUAUGUGAAAUGUUUAAUUCUAUGGAAACCAGUAAACAGAAAAGUAUGGCUGAAGAAUUGGAUCGUACACCAGCUGAGGUAUCAAAGAAAUUAGAAGAUAUUCGUACAAGAUAUGCUUUCUAAAUAAAAACAAA